UAGUGGUGAUACCGCGGGGAGCGCGAGGGGUGGCGAGGCGAGGGUGCACGAGAGUGAGGUGAAGAGAGAGAGGGAGGUCGCGAACGGCGUAGCGCGAGGAGUCACAGUCCAGUUGAGGCGCAAGGGUCCUCCGGCUAGAAGGACUACGGUCCCUGGCAGUCACAGGCACAUUAUGCCAGGCGGCGAGGGGUCCCCGAUCAAUCUCCUCGACCACCACCACCAUCAGCAGCACCGUCGAUCGUCGACCGCCACCGCCGCCGCCGCCGCCACGUCCACGUCCACGACGGACGAGUGCGCGAACGGCGACGAUGUCAGGACCGCGGCAUCGACGACCACUGGCGCGACCUUCAGCAGCACGAUGGCGAGCGCCCUGGCGGGCGACGGUCUCCGGCGCAGAAAGGUCAUACACGCGGCCAAGGAGACUCUUGACAAGGCGUCCCGUCUUCUGAGACGAAAAAUACCAUGUACAGGCCAUUUAAUGACCCCCCGCCGCCUAUGGAUACAAAAGGUUCCUACUCAGGAAUGCGACGUAGUCAUGAUGUUCCCCAGCGGGGCGAACGACGAGACCCUGAUGUGGCUCCUAGGACGGCUUCGGGCUGGAACCCCGGGGCUGAUAGUUCACGUGCGACAUCACACUUCGUCGGACAGUUACGGGUUUUACAUUACGGCACCAUUUGGCGUUUUGCUCAAAGCUGCCGAGGAAGUGCAUCUACCCAAGGCUCUGCGACAGGAAUUAGGCGGCGGACUCAAGGAGUUCGUCGGUUCCGAAGCGAAUUGCUUCGAAGGGUGCGACGACGAGAUCCGAUUCUUCACCACCCAGGAAAAGCAAUCCCUGGUUUUGCACCUGCUUCACACCUUGAGGGCUGGCCCCCACGAUCUUCACAGUCUGCCUGGUCUUAAGUUAGUCGAGGGUCAGGCAAUCGUUCCAAAGUGCAUUUCGUCCGGUAUUAUUUCUCAGGUCUUCCCUCUUCAUGAAUUACCUGCGUUAGAGAAACUGCAACGGACUUGGGUUCGCGCAUUUCUCAGCCCUCAGCCCUUGGACGACAUUUGUAAAUAUUUCGGAGUGAAAAUCACCAUGUACUUCGCCUGGCUCGGUCACUACACCACCGCUUUGAUCGUUCCAGCUGCAGUGGGUGCCAUAUACUGGGUCGGCAUCAUCGGCAGGAACCAAGCGGUGGAAGACGUGGCGUAUGUUCUGUUUUCGGUGUUCAACGUGAUAUGGGCUACCGUAUACUUGGAGACAUGGAAAAGGAGGGGCGCGGAAUUGGCGUACAGGUGGGGCACUUUGGAUCAGAGGGACGAUUUAUUGGUCGAGCCUAGACCUCUGUUUACAGGAACUCUGGAAGUUUCACCGGUAACGGGUAGGCUGGAACCAACGUAUCCCAGGUGGCGACGGAAUAUGUUUCGAUACUUCGUGAGCGUGCCUAUCAUCGCAGUCUGUCUAUUCUUCGUCUUCAUCGUUAUGAUUCUUAGCUUACAAAUACAGGACUGGUGGGACGCGCAUCUUGAAUCUGGGGGCUACGGAUUUUGGCUUAGUUACGUGCCAAAGGUGUUGCUCGCGGUGGUUAUUGCGUUGAUGGAUGAGGCGUACUUCAAGGUUGCGGUCUGGUUGAAUGAUUUGGAAAACUAUCGACUAGACACCGAGUACGAGAAUCAUCUGAUCUACAAAGUGGCACUGUUUCAGUUUGUGAACUCCUUCCUAUCGCUGUUUUACAUCGCCUUCUAUCUUCAAGAUCACGAGAGACUCAAGGAGCAAUUGGCGGCUUUGCUCAUAGCUCGACAAGUGAUUGGCAACCUGAAGGAAUCCGCGGUGCCGUAUCUAAUCGAACAAUUGCGGCUGGCGCGGUUGAGCUUCGAGCUGUUCGGCGCCCUGAGUCCCAGCGAGGCGAGGCCACCCCCGGGUCAGGAGAGCGAUGAAGCGCAAGCUGGUAAGGACAACGAGGAGAAGGAGGAUCAGCGGGCAGACAGCGGCAAAUCGAAGCAACCGCGCAACGUCAGCCAAGCAGAACUUGAGAGUUCCCUCUACAGAGUAGGGCAUCCCACUAAUUCUCUACUUAGUGACGUUACGUUCAAGGUAUCGACCACAAAGGAAUGUAUAACGAUCAAGUAUGACGGGGCAUUUUCGGAACACUUGGAGAUGCUGUCGCAACUGGGAUAUGUCUGUCUCUUCUCUUCAGCAUUUCCGUUGGCAGCGAUGGCAGCUUUACUUGGGAAUCUGCUUGAGCUACGCGGUGACGCGUUCAAAUUGUGUUUCGUGCUUCAACGACCUUUCGGGCGCAGGGUCUCGAAUAUCGGCACCUGGCAAAACGCUAUGGAGGCGAUGGGUCUCGUCGCUAUUUUAGUAAACUGCGCUCUGAUCGGACUGAGUGGACAGGUGCAACGAAUGUUUCCUGAGAUGUCGGCGACGCAAACAAUCUUGUUAAUUGUAGUGCUAGAACAUAUAAUGCUAGCAAUACGAUUCGUGAUUAUUUGCGCGAUUCCCGACAUACCACAUUGGGUCGCCACGGAGAUGGCUAAAGUAGAAUUCUUGAGACGUGAAGCAGUCCGAAGAUUGUCAUCGACCCCGUCACCAGAACAACAGCCAACGACAGUGAUAGGGAGAUUCGUGGUGAGUCCAGCAGACGGUGAAAGCGACGAGCAGCGCUUGCUUUCCGAACGCACUGGUUACGCGACCACGUCCAGUCAAGCAGACACCCCGACUUUGGCCUCGACCACCCAUACACCCAGUGGCCCAACGACACCUAGUGCCGCAGCGGUGCCGAGGAUCGCGGAGACACCACCCAUGGCCGUGACACCAGGCAGCGGCGGGAGCAGCAGCGAAACCAGCCCAUUCCUACCCGAGAACAAUCUCAAUGUCACCCGAGAUAUCCGCAAUUCGCCGAGAUGUUCCAUACCUGGUGGUGAACGAGUUGGAAGACGCUCGAAGGAGCGAUUGGUCAACGAACCGGAAGCAUCCGGUACCUCUGACCAGUACAGCCAUCAUCUGACAAUUGGUCCACACGGCGGCGUGGACUGGGUACGUCGAUUAGGUUUAGAGCCUGGUGGACGAAAAUCCAGCGAUUCCGAGAUCACUGGUGCCAGUGCCGUGAGUGGACGAGAAGAGGAGCUGACGUUGCACAGAUCGACCGAUUGCAUCGUCUCCAAAGAACUCGCUUCUUCCUCGGAUAGCGAUCUCCUCAGGUCAGCACCGCCGUGGACGGUGGCUAACAGGAACCAGAAGUUUCGUUUCUCGCCGGAAAAGGAGAAAUGUCAUCAACAGCCUCGAGAGACGCAUCGAGAGGAACAUCGCGAGUCGCGACAGCCGCAUCUUCCCGAGAAGGAGAAGGAUUCGAGCGGUCUAUCAGACUCCAGCAAGACAAUCUCAAGUCAGGAGGAGGAGAAACCAUCGAAAGAAGAACGAGAGGCAAAGAAGACGCGCGUCAAGCAGAGCCUGAUGAAACGGGCGCGCUCGGUGGCGAUCUUCUCGCUGAAGCUGAAAGAACGUCGCGCCCGAGAGGCCGAGCUGAAGGCCAAGGAGGCGGAAAGGGAGGCGAGGUGGCAACAACCGCAGUCUUGUGUUGGUGGCGAGCUCUCAUGCAUACCCAUAGAAAAGCUUAUCUCAGUGGACGACAUUGCGGCCAUGGAUAUACGACGAAUGAACCAUUAGCCGCUUGACUUGUCUUACACUCACUUUCGUUUCCUCGCUACGUAGACAGCCGUUCGUACCGCGACAUUUGAUGCGCAUCGAUGAUGACGGGAUUACCGCGGGGAAACCGCGACGAAGAGAUGAUCCCAUCGGCCAUGAGUAGAAGCGCACGAGCGGACGAGAGAAGGCGCACAAUUCAUGAAUCACCAUGGAAUCUCUUAGACGACGUUCCGUAGAAACUAUUCCACAUACCUACUUCUUAGGCUCUCACGGGACAUCGAACCGCGGUUUCCGAUUCAGUUCGGUUCCGGAACGGGGCGAACAUGCAAACGGAUUCGAAGGAUUAUACAGAAAUUUUCAAAUACAAUUUUUAUUAUUUUUGGAGAUGAUUGGAAAUAAAGCAUGAAGCUUUAAAUCUAUUUUUCAAAAAGAUUUUGCUAAUCUGAAAUAAUUUCAUGGACCGAGUAAUCGCAGAUUGCUCAUCUUUCUGUUGAAGAAUAAAACAAAAUAUUGUUAACAAAAAUUUAACGAGACAAUGUUACAAAACAGACGAUACUAUUAAUCAUUCAACAAACGCAACGCGAAUGUGAGUUUUACUAACUUGGAGAGACUUCUAUAAACAUGUCUACAACAUAAUUAUCACAUACGCGAGUAUGUGAGAUCGAAAUUGGACCAAAUUAACACUCUCGUCCUUAUGAAUCUUCAUCCGGAUGACUUUAAGUCGCGCAAUUCCGCAACCGAACACCCGAUCGAACUUCAGUUUUCCUCCGAUUCGAUGCCCUGCCAAAUGGCACGUUCUCCUAGCUUAGGUCGCUCGGCCGUCCUAGACCGUCGAGCUGUAAACGUUCCGUUCCGUCAGUAUACUCUAACAGUAAGCCGAAAUAUUGAAUUACUUCGGCUACUCCGUAACGUACGCGCGCGUACAUUGGAUUCCGGGUGACACGUAUUCGCUAGGCGACGAUCCGAUCAUCAUGGAGAAAGAGAAGCGAUAGGUUCCCACGAAGAAACGGAGUCGAGGAGAAGACGCGAUCGCUCGCCGGGGGGGCGUUGGCACGUAAAUCAACGAAGACGGGAAAAGGAACCUUGUUGUUGUUGCGAUAUAAUAAGUUGUUAAUUAAUCUAUAAAACUCUAGGCAUUAAUGGUUUAACGAAUUUUUGCUAAAUAGAUCUCUAUGAAAGCAUAUCACAUCGACACAAGACAUCCGAGUCACCACCGCCGCCUCCCAACUUCGUGUCCUCCGUUAAAAGAUCGUCUCCCAGGAGCGGACACGUGGAGAAGCGCACACACGCGUGCAGGGAUGAAGUUUGCGACCACGCGCGACACUAUACUAACCGGCGAUGAGACGAAGAGAGUCAAAACUAGAGCGCGUAGCGCGCGCACGCGAAGUCUUCGUCCAAAAACGAAUAACCGGAUAUAGAGGCUGUUUUUGUAUAUAGCGAAAAAUGUUAUGCAGAUUGUAAAAUCGGUUUCCAUGGCCUAGCCUCAUGUCCCCGUCCGCGGCUGAAUUUUAGCGCAAAAUUGUUGAGUACCUUAAACAGAAAACAUACACAUGUACACGUAUACGCGCACACAGAGACAUACACAGAAAUACAGAAAUACAUAUUCCACAUUUUAUUACAUUUACCAAUAUUGUUAGUGUUAGUUAUUAACCAUUAGAUGCAUUCACACGGAGCACAGCAGUUGAGCAAACCGAUAAUCGCGUUUCACGUAGCGUCCUUUCGGGAAUUUGCGAGGCUCCAGUGCGGUUAGAUGCGAAAUUUGAUAGAUUAGCCGCUUUCGUAAAAGGCAGGUCGGAAUAAAUUCAGCCGGAAGCAUCUCUGUUUGUUAGAUGUUUUGUAUAAAACAGGGGAAUUGAGCCAAUAAAAGGUAUUCGACAAAAAAUCGGUUGCAAUCUGCUCCUUUAAUGUUAUACAUAUUUAUUUAUUUAAUAUAUAUAUAGAGAUAAUGUAAAAAUAUUACAAUGUAUAUUAUAUAAUGCGGUUUACUAUUGGUACAUCUGAUAUUGACGAAAACGGAAUGUACAAUAUAUAUGAACCAAAUAAGAAGAUUGUAAUGCAAUCUU